AUUUUUAAUGUGUUUUGGUGUGUUUAUGUGUGUGCAGGUGGGAAGUAUGUACCCAGAGCCAUCCUGGUGGAUCUGGAACCGGGUACCAUGGACUCGGUCCGAUCAGGACCAUUUGGCCAAAUCUUCAGACCUGACAAUUUUGUCUUUGGUCAGAGUGGAGCUGGGAACAACUGGGCCAAAGGUCACUACACGGAGGGCGCGGAGCUGGUGGACUCGGUCCUGGACGUGGUCCGGAAGGAGGCGGAGAGCUGUGAGUGCCUGCAGGGCUUCCAGCUCACACACUCCCUGGGAGGAGGCACCGGCUCCGGCAUGGGGACCCUGCUGAUCAGCAAGAUCAGGGAGGAAUACCCCGACCGCAUCAUGAACACCUUCAGUGUGGUUCCCUCCCCUAAGGUGUCUGACACGGUGGUGGAGCCGUACAACGCCACCCUGUCCGUCCACCAGCUGGUGGAAAACACUGACGAGACGUACUGCAUCGACAACGAAGCUCUGUACGACAUCUGCUUCCGCACGCUGAAGCUGACCACGCCCACCUACGGAGACCUGAACCACCUGGUGUCGGCCACCAUGAGCGGCGUCACCACCUGCCUGCGCUUCCCCGGCCAGCUCAACGCCGACCUCCGGAAGCUGGCCGUCAACAUGGUGCCCUUCCCCCGCCUGCACUUCUUCAUGCCGGGCUUCGCCCCGCUGACGAGCCGCGGCAGCCAGCAGUACCGCGCCCUCACCGUGCCCGAGCUCACCCAGCAGGUGUUCGACGCCAAGAACAUGAUGGCGGCGUGCGACCCGCGCCACGGCCGCUACCUGACGGUGGCCGCCGUCUUCCGCGGCCGCAUGUCCAUGAAAGAGGUGGACGAGCAGAUGCUGAACGUGCAGAACAAGAACAGCAGCUACUUCGUGGAGUGGAUCCCCAACAACGUGAAGACGGCCGUCUGCGACAUCCCGCCGCGCGGCCUCAAGAUGGCCGUCACCUUCAUCGGCAACAGCACGGCCAUCCAGGAGCUGUUCAAGCGCAUCUCGGAGCAGUUCACCGCCAUGUUCCGCCGCAAGGCCUUCCUGCACUGGUACACGGGCGAAGGAAUGGACGAGAUGGAGUUCACCGAGGCCGAGAGCAACAUGAACGACCUGGUGUCCGAGUACCAGCAGUACCAGGACGCCACGGCCGAGGAGGAGGGCGAGUUCGAGGAGGAGGCCGAGGAGGACGCCUGACGGAAAAACGCAGGGAGGAGAUUAAAGGAAAGGUUGAUAAUGAAAGAUAUGUU